AUGUCCCCGACAAAAGAGAAUACGGAUGAAGAGCGCACACAUUCCAGCAGCGUCUCCUUCUCUUCCCUGCGACUCCUUCCUUCUUCUCCCUCUUCGACGGCUUCGACUCGAAUCUUUUUGAAUGCCUCCGACUUGCACAGAUUGCACGCGCAAUGCGGCGAAUUCGUUCGCGUGUCGAUUGUUGCUGAAAACUCUUCGAGGACAUCGCUCCUCGCGAUGGCACAUCCAAAACGCGAACAAGGAUGGCGGCAAGACGGUGGUGCGCUUGACACGCCCGUGAAGCAAUCCGGGUUAGCGAGAAGAAGAAUAGACGACGACGACGACGACGACGACGCGGAUGAAGAAGCAGUCUUGGACGGCGGCGUUUUCGUCUUUCUGCAAAAUCACUCCAAAGAAGACGAAUCGUCGAAAGAGGAACAUUUUUUCACAGACGCGAAGGAAACGUUAAACGCGUUGCGACAGAGACAGAAGAAGAGGAGCGAGAAGCGCGAGGACGAUCGGUGUACGAUUGAAGUGCAAACGAUGAUGUCUGCUUCUCCUUCGGCGGUGGUGAACUGCUCGCGCGUAAGCGUGGAAGUUAUGAAUGGCAGAGCAAAGAAGGACGGUACGACGAGACGAACGGAAGAGGUGAGAAGAGCGUUGGCGCACAGAGUAGUCUCGGGGAAGUGCACGUUGAUGUUUGGAGAAACGGAGGAGAGUUUGGUUUUGAGAGUGCGAGAGUGUGAGCCGUCUUCGUCGAGCGAGGAGCAGUGCUAUCGAAUAACGCACCGGACGAUUAUCGAUCUUGUGGAUGGCGACGGAACAAGCGUCAGGCGUUUAGGGGGUGCGUCUACUUCUUCUACUUCAUCUUCGUGGAGCGCGGACGACGAACUCGUGGCGUGCGAUGAACUUCUCGGUGCGCUGAGAGAGGCAAUCGCAUGGCCUAAACAGUACGAGGGGAUUGCAGCCUCGAUCGGCGCGUCUUUCCCAAGCGGCGUUUUAAUCCACGGUCCUCCCGGGACUGGUAAGACGUCGGCAGUUCGUGCCGCGUGCAGGGAAGCAUGUAGUGAAAUAGGAAUUGAUGUUCGGAUAUUUUCUAUGAGCGCAGGUGAUGUAUACAAUAAUGGCGCAUACGCCGGCGACGCGGAGAGAAACGUUCGGAACAUCUUUCAGAAAGCGAGAGAAUUUUGUGGCAGUAGCGCGGGAGGGAACAAAAGAUCGAUUAUUCUGAUGGAUGAUAUAGACGCAGUUGCACCGAGACGAACAAAGAAUUCUUCACAGCAUCAAAACAGGGUAGUUGCACAACUUUUAACGCUCAUGGAUGGCACAAAGCAAUGGGGGCAGUCCCCGGUUGUCGUUGCGACGACAACACGCCCAAAUACCAUCGAUCCAGCGUUGCGAAGACCGGGACGAUUUGAUCGGGAAAUCGAAACAUCAUUACCGAAUACGAGCGAGAGAUCACUGAUUUUGAGGGUGCAUUUGCGGAACGUGCCAAUAGAUGAUACUGAAAACAACUUCGACUUUGAGCGCGACAUUGAUACGGUCGCGAAAAACUCGAAAGGCUACUCGGGUGCCGAUUUACAAAGUCUCUGCCGAGAAGCUGCUAUGGUUGCGGUGAAGCGGUGUGCACUGAAUACCCAAAACGACAAUAAUGAUGUCAAAGUGCGUUCGAGUGAUUUUGUCGAAGCGGCGUCGAAAGUUCGGGCGACAGUAAUCCGAAACGUUGCUUCGGUCGCUGAUGUCGCUAAAACGAGCUGGGACGAUGUCGGAGGAUUGUUCGAAGUGAAGAAACGCUUAGUGCGCGCCAUCGAAUGGCCUUUGAAAAAGAAAAACAGUUUUGAACGAUUAGGCAUUCAACCAGCAAGAGGCAUUUUAUUACACGGUCCACCGGGUGGUGGGAAAACGACGUUAGCGCGAGCGGCAGCCACUGCUUCCGGUGCAACCGUGUUCUCGCUUUCUGCCGCAGAUGUUUUUUCGAUGUACUUGGGCGAAGGUGAAAAAAUACUCACGGACGCGUUUUUAAAGGCUCGAAAAGCCUCACCCGCGGUGCUUAUUCUAGAUGAAAUUGAUGGCAUGUCCGGAUCUCGAGGAGGAGGAGAAGGAUCUUCCAGUGCCGGUUCUCACGAUUCAGCAGCUCGAGUACUCUCAGCCUUACUCACGGAAAUGGACGGCUUGAGCAGUAUUAACAGUAGUACUAGUAAUAUGAGCACCAAUUCUCCUUCGUCGUCGUCAUCAUCAUCAUCAGUUCUAGUCAUAGCAACGACGAAUCGACUAGAUGCUUUAGACCCAGCACUAACGAGACCGGGUAGAUUUGAUUUAAUUUUAGAAGUUGGAGCUUUAAAGACACCGGAGGAACGCCUCGAGGCGUUACACGUCCACGCCAGAGCGGUUUCUUUAGCCGAAGACGUAAAUCUCGAAGAUGUCUCCGAGCGAACUGAGGGGAAAACUGGCGCAGAUUUAAGAGGAAUAGUGAGAGAAGCGGCGAUGGCCGCGUUGAGAGAAGAUAUAGGGGCGACGAGCAUUCGUCACGCGCAUUUUCUCAAGGUACUCAACAAAUGGGCAUGA